AGAACCGAGGAAAAAUGCUGACCAAACUAUUGAAGAUUAGCUGCACUUCGAGGCAGUGCACCUUUGCCAAACCCUAUCAAGCGAUUCCUGGACCGCGAGGACCCUUCGGGAUGGGGAAUCUCUACAACUAUCUGCCCGGAAUCGGAUCCUAUUCCUGGCUGAAGUUGCACCAAGCCGGUCAGGAUAAGUAUCAGAAAUACGGCGCAAUCGUCAGGGAAACUAUUGUUCCCGGGCAGGAUAUCGUAUGGCUAUAUGAUCCCAAGGACAUCGCCACUCUACUCAACGAGCGGGAUUGUCCGCAAAGAAGGAGUCACCUAGCAUUGGCCCAAUAUCGCAGGAAUCGACCGGAAGUUUACAAGACCACCGGUUUGCUGCCCACCAAUGGUCCGGAGUGGUGGCGUCUACGUGCCCAGCUGCAAAAAGAACUGAGUGCCCCUAAAAGUGUGAGGAACUUCGUCUGCCAAGUGGAUGGCGUGACCAGGGAGUUCCUCAGAUUUCUACAAGAGACGCGAGAGGGAGAUGCCAUUGAUAUGCUGCCCAAACUCACCAGAUUGAAUUUAGAAUUAACCUGCCUGCUUACCUUUGGAGCACGUCUGGAGUCCUUUUCUCCCGAGGAACAAGAUCCUAAAUCCCGCUCCACCCUCCUGAUGGAUGCAGCGGAGACCACCAAUAGCUGUAUCCUGCCCACGGAUCAGGGUCUCCAGCUGUGGCGGUUCCUGGCGACACCUACCUUUCGAAAACUAAGCCAGGCCCAAUCCUACAUGGAGGGUGUGGCCCUAGAACUACUAGAAGAGAACAUAAAGAACGGUUCAGUGGGAUCCUCACUGAUCUCAGCUUAUCUGAAAAAUCCUGAACUUGAUCGCAGUGACGUGGUGGGCACGGCUGCAGAUUUGCUUUUAGCUGGCAUAGAUACCACAUCGUAUGCCUCGGCUUUCCUGCUCUAUCAUGUAGCCCGAAAUCCUGAGGUCCAGCAACGACUCUAUGAGGAAGCUAAGAGAGUGCUUCCAAAUCCCAAGGAUCAGCUAUCUAUGGAUGCCCUGAGGACCGAUAUCACUUAUACGAGGGCUGUCCUCAAGGAAUCUCUGCGCCUAAACCCCAUUGCAGUGGGAGUGGGCAGAAUUCUUAACCAGGAUGCGGUCUUCAGUGGUUACUUUGUUCCAAAAGGGACCACCGUGGUGACCCAGAACAUGGUGGCCUGUCGCCUGGAACAGCACUUUCAGGAUCCCCUGCGCUUCCAGCCAGAUCGUUGGCUCCAGCAUCGUAGUGCCCUUAAUCCCUACCUGGUACUGCCCUUCGGUCAUGGAAUGCGGGCCUGCAUCGCCCGUCGCAUGGCCGAGCAGAAUAUGCACAUUUUGCUUCUCAGGCUUCUGCGUGAAUACGAAUUAAUUUGGAGUGGAUCCGAUGAAGAGUUGGACGUCAAGACCCUGUUGAUAAAUAAACCUGAUGCUCCCGUUCUGAUCGAGUUGCGAUUGCGUAGCGAAUAAGUUGUAAAUAUAAGUCCCCAGAGGAACAAGACUGAGAGAUAACAGACUUUGAUCACUUUUAAAUAAUUCGUUUAUUAAUUAUAUUAAAUUAGUUUAUAAUUAUAUUUAGUGUAAAUUAUAUAUAACUAG